AUGCAAGAUUGGCAGAUCACGAACAAAAUAACAUGCGUUGUCAGUGACAACGCUGCUAACAUCCAAGCUGCUAUCAGGCUAGGUGAAUGGCGACCUGUGGGUUGUUUCGCCCAUACAUUAAAUUUGAUAGUGCAGAAUGGCCUUAAAGUAAUAUCAGAGAUUGUAGGUAAAGUCAAAUCCAUAGUGGAAUACUUCAAAAAAAGUUGUACGGCGCAAACGAAGUUAGAAUCGGUACUUAAACAAAUGGGUUUACCGAUAUUAAAAUUAAAACAAGAAUGUCCAACACGUUGGAAUUCGUGCUACGAGAUGCUAGAAAGGAUUCUAAGAGUAAAAGAUGCUGUUAUAAGUACUUUAGCUCUCAUAAGAAAUGAACUCAAUCUUCAAAUUGCAGAUUGGGAAGUACUUGAAACCGUAGUGGCAAUUUUGAAACCAUUUUUUGAAGUGACAGUAGAAGUUAGCAGCCAAAAUCAUGUCACUCUGUCAAAGAUUAGUAAUAUAAAUACCUCAUAUAGUACUGGUAAUCCUAGUGCCAAGAAGUGUCUGUUUCGACGAUAUUUUCUGGCGAAAAUGAAUCGCCAUGAAGGAGUCAGCUGUGAUUCUUGUUUGAAAAAUAACUUUAGAGGACGACGAUACAAAUGUUUGAUUUGCAUCGACUAUGACUUGUGCGCAGCCUGCUAUGAGUCCGGCGCUACCACAAACCAACACACUACAGAGCAUCCUAUGCAAUGCAUUCUAUCAAGAAGUGACUUUGAUUUGUACUAUGGUGGAGAGGCACUAACUUUGGAACAGCCUCAGGCAUACACAUGUCCAUUUUGUAAUAGAAUGGGCUUCACUGACACAGCACUCAUGGAGCAUGUCACGGCUGAGCAUGCAGAUACAACAUUGGCUGUGGUGUGCCCAGUUUGUGCUUCAAUGCCAGGAGGGGAACCAACUUUGUGA